AUCCCCAAUUUCUUCUCAUCAUUCAUUCCAAUUCCAAAUUCCCAAUUCUCAAUCGCAACACACAACAAUGAUUUCUGCAAUCUCUUUUCCUUCAUCUCUCUCCGCCGCGAAUCUCACCGGCAACACCGUCGCCACACCGCCUCGCCGCGUCAGAUCCCGACCUGUAGUCUCCUUCGCCACAGCUACAGCCACCGCCACCUCCACCGCCGAUGCUAGAUCCACCUGGACGGAGCAACCGAGACCUUCUUCUACAUAUCUGAUCUCCCCAUGCUCCUCUCUCUACGAGAUCCUCGGAAUCCCCGCCGGCGCAUCCAGUCAGGAAAUCAAAGCUGCAUACCGGCGGCUAGCUAGAGUUUGCCACCCCGAUGUGGCGGCAAUCGACCGGAAAAACUCAUCUGCCGACGAUUUCAUGAAGAUUCACGCUGCGUACUCCACGCUAUCAGAUCCUGAGAAACGCGCUACUUACGACCGGAGCCUAUUCCGGCGACAGCGGCCGAUGUCGACGGCUGUGGUGUUCUCCGGCUACUCGAGCCGGAACUGGGAAACGGAUCAGUGCUGGUAGUGAGUUGACUCGGCCGAGUUAACUAAAAUAUCUAGAGACGAGAGAGGAGGCGCAGUUUAUUGUAGCGUCUUGCCUUGGCUUUGAAUAUAACUAAACUAAUUAAUUAGUAGUAGUUAGGUAUUAGAGUACGUAUGUAUGUGUGUACAUAUACGCGUAGAGAUGUAGUAGACGCAGCUUGAUUGUGCUUGCUGAUUGCAAAUUUGGAUACUGCCGAGUUUUCCUGCAAUACAGUAGAAAUUGAUGGCCA